AUGGCUUUAGAUCUCAGAAUUUCAUUUCAAGGUGAACCAUCCAGGAGUGAUUCUCAGUCAGAAAACCCAGAGCUUAAACCCAGCCAAGGACCUGACAUCCUGGAAGGAGAAGGGAUCUCCGACUUCCCAAGCCCUCAGCUCGGCUUGUUGCAAAACAGCAGUAACUCAUGCGCAAGGCAGGAGCUGCAAAGACUCUAUAAGUUGUUUCAUGCAUGGCUACAGCCAGAGAAACACAGCAAGGACCAAAUUAUUUCUUGUUUGGCCUUGGAACAGUUUAUGAUCAGUGGCCAUUGCAGCGACAGGUCCAUGUUGAGAGAGAAAUGGAAUUCAAGUGGCAGAAAUUUGGAGAAAUUCAUGGAAGAUUUGACCGAUGAUGGUAUGAAGCCGCUUGGCUUAGUGCACGUCCAUAUGCAGGGACAGGAAGCCCUCUUUUCUGAGAAUAUGCCCUUAAGAGAAGUCAUUGUUCAUUUCAUGAAACAGUUGUCCACAGGAACCCCAAGAGGAGACGACAUGGGGACACCCUCCUGGCCUCCCCAGGAGGCUUCCCUGGAAACAGGACCAGGAGAUGAAGACAAGGAAAAUGGUGGCAACAUUUCUUUGAAAAUUUGUCAAGUAAAUGGCAGUAUUGCGAGUCAGGGCAACGAAACGCCUUCCCUACUCAUGAUCCAGGGAGAGCACGGUCCUAGGCCUGAAGAGCAGGCUGUUUCUUUGAAGAAUCCACUGAGCUCUGCACGGGCAGGUCCAGGCACCUCCAGGGCCCAGGAAUGGGCCCUGACUGGGCCUUCUUCUCAGGAUGUCCUGAUGGAGGCGGGACCAGGCUUUCUUCCCAGGCCAGACCAGGCCUCCCCUGAGCCUGUUCCUAACAAUCAGGGCAUCGAGGGAAACUCCACACGUGGGGGACAGCAAGAAAAAUUCCACAGGGCCCCCAAAUCAUACAGAUGUGAAGAGUGUCCCAAGAUGUUUAGGUGUUUAUCUCAGCUAAAAGCCCAUCAGAGAAGACACAGUAAUGAGAGGACAUUUAUUUGUGCCAAGUGUGGCAAAGGCUUCUUCCAGACGUCAGACCUACGCCAGCAUCAGAGGAUUCAUGCCGGAGAGAAGCCUUUCGUGUGCAGCACGUGUGAAAGGUCCUUCAACCACAAAACCAACCUCCAGGCUCACGAGAGAAUCCACACGGGAGAGAAGCCCUACACGUGUCCCCUUUGCCGGAAAAGCUACCGCCAGUCAUCCACCUACCACCGCCACCUGCGGGCUCACCAGAAAACCGCCUUCAGAGGUGUUUCUUCCACACCAGAACCACCUAUCACAGCAGGGGGCCCGGGAAACCGCUCAGGGGUGCCAUGA